AUGCCUUUCAAGCAGUUUGUUGAAAUCGGUCGUAUUGCCCUCAUUAACUACGGCGAACUUGUAGAUAAGCUCGCUAUCAUUGUCGAUAUUGUUGAUGAUAAGCGCGUUCUUAUCGAUGUUCUUGAAACAGAAGCUCCACGUCAGACAAUCCCAAUUCUCCGCCUCAAGCUCACCGACUACGUCGCCAAGAUCCAGCGCAAUGCUGCUCCAGAAGCUGCUAAGGCCGCUGCUAAGGAUCUUAUCAAGCAAUUCUACGAAUCCGCCUGGGGCAAGCAGGUUAUCGCCCGCAAGAACAAGGCUCAGAUGAACGACUUCCAGCGCUUCAAAUAUGCUCAGCUUGUCGCCAAGCGUGAUGCUCUUGUUGCUAAGGAACUCAACCAACACUAA